UUGAUUUGCUUUUAGAUCUGCUCCUAAUCUAACCAUGACUGAACUGGAAAAAUGUAUCGGUGCAUUGGUUUCUAUCUUCCAAAACUAUGCCGGAAAAGAUGGUAACCCAAAUACACUGAAUAGGAUUGAAGUAAGAGAACUUGUAAAUACUCAGCUGCCAGGUCUCCUGAAGAACCCGAAUGACAAAGAGGGCUUGGAGAAGGUUAUGAUGGACUUGAAUGGUGAUGGGGAGAUGGAUUUUGUGGAGUUUGGACAGCUGGUGAUCUUACUCGGUGCUUUCUGCCAUGAAUCGCUUAAAAACAUGCCAAAGGAUAAAUACAAGGCCUGAAUGACAAAAAAUUUGCAGCCUGCAGCUCCAUUGUCAAGGAAAUGUUUUAAGUUCUUAACAUUGUAUUUCGCUGCACUUAAAUAAAGUAUCAUGAAUUGUU